GAGGUGCAAUCGCAGGUGAAGAACGCGUUUUCUAUUAACUCAAGAUGGCAAGGAUGUUCGUGACUGCUUUACAAACUGCCACAGGCGUACGUUCUUAACAUAGAGAAUGAACAUAAACUAGGGAAAAUCGACACGCGUUGCACCCAUCACACCAGCUCUGCGCUCGCGAAACAGCAUCGUAUGUCUUUAAGAGCGCGCGCAUUACAGGUGGGAUGACGCUGUCAGAUAGAUUCAGUGUGGUGGGGACGAUGCGUUUCGUGGGUUAACGGCACUCGUUUCUAGACUGUUAUUCGCUGCCGAAGACGGCUUCGGGAUUAUUCUCUUCAGAUCGGAGGCUAAUGCUGUAUCCAUGUGCAAUGCUUUUGACAGCACUACCCCAACUGAAUCUAAAGCUUGAUGACCCUAUUGAUAUGCUCCCCAAGUCAAGAAAAUCCCUUAGCAUCCAGGAAAUUGCAUCUCUGGCCAGAUCAUCAUUUAACGGCAUCUCACAGGUGGUGAAGGAUCACGUGACCAAACCCACGGCUAUGGCUCAGGGACGGGUGGCACAUCUGAUUGAGUGGAAAGGCUGGUCUAAGCCCUUAGACCCUCCAUCUGCUACACUGCAGUCCCACUUUAACUCGUACUCCCAUCUCAGUGAGGGCGAACAGGAGGCCCGAUUUGCAGCAGGUGUGGCUGAGCAGUUUGCCAUAGCAGAGGCAAAGCUUCGUGCCUGGACCUCUGUAGAUGAGGAAGAUAUGGAUGAUGAGUCUUGUGAAGGAGAUCCUAGUGUCAACGACGAGCAAAUCACAACAACUCAGAGUUCAGAUGCUACUUCCUCAGAUGCCGUACUGUCCAAUCAGAGCUGCCCAGUGCCAAAUCAGGCUGAGACCGUAAAUUAUGAAAUCCAGUCCUCUGUUGGCCCGCUCAUUCAGUCAGACGCAGACCGGAGCACGCAGGAACUAUCCUCCAUCCAGACUGAGCCAGACAUCUCAGAGGAAGAACCACAGGGGGCUGAAGAACCUCAACUUUCACAGGAGGAGGAAGACAGGGCCUCAAAAGCAGAUCGCAGGCCUCUGUGGAGCAAGGGAGACUCUUGCUACUACUCCACUUCCUACUCCGAAUCUGGUCUCACACCCGAGGACGAAGAGGAUGGAGGAGAUGUGGAGGAAGGAGAGGACAACGUCUUUCAGGAAGUCAUCCGCUGGUACAGACACUGCAGAAGCAUCUCUGAUACGUCUGGAGCUUUGUCUUUUGAUGAGGUGGAGGAGGAAGAAGAACAGGAAGAAGGCUCAAAUCAGUGACAUUGUGCGCUCUCUCUCGUCCUUUUGUCUUGGUCCCUUUGUAGUAUCCCUUCUGUGAAGUGUUUGUCCAGUCUGUUAUGCAUUCAGAGACAGUGGCUGUGUCUGAAAGCUAAAAACGCUGCCUUCACACGUAGUAUAGGGAGUUGGGGGUGUUCCUAUCCAGUGUAUGUGUAACAAACAGUCUUCUAAGAUGCCUUCAUCUGGUUGGGUUUUGAAGUCUGCAUAGUCGUUUCCUUCGCUGUCUGUGACAUCCCACAAUCCUAUGCGUGCAGGUGGGACAGUUGGUGGAAAAAGACAAUUUUUAAAGGAAUUCAUUAAUUUGUAUAGGUCAAUAUUCUCUCAACUUUUUUUAUUUCUUCUGAUAAAUAAGAAUGUGGUUAUAUAUUCUCAAUAUAGUCAUUGUUACCGCUAAAACUUGGAAGCCGUUACGAGGUAGGCCUACACAUACACACAAGCUGCCUGUGAAGUCAUUCGCUGACUGCUUAGGCUUCAGACGCAGCCAAUGAUUUGUUUUCUUAUUCGUGUUUUAUCUGGUCCUCUGUAUCCCUGCCUCUUUAUCUCUGUGAUUUUUAUUUUAAGCGAGUAAAAAAACCCAGAAGAGAACCGUUUUCUCAUUUGACCAGCGAACAGGACGAAAGUGACAUAACGGUACCAGUUUCCACUGUGGCACGCGCCGUGUUCCGGAUGCUCAUUAUCUGCGAGUGACGACACACCAGGACCGUCUGGAAUAUCUCACAUAUGGAAAAUGCGAUUUCCUUUCGUCACCGGUUAAAAGUGACGUAAUGCUCAUUGGAAAUUUGCGAUGUGGUUAAUGCUUCAGCACCGCGGUUUCCCGAGAGACAAGACCGAUCAAGUUCGUUAUUUUCUUUUGGAUUAGAUGUCGCGGUGGAAGUGCUUGUGUGUUUUGGCUUGCUCCAGCAGAGCUGAGGUGCAGUGGGAGUUGAUCUUCUUCGACGGGGCGUCGUAUCUCUGAAUAGAAUGUGCCUGUUAUUAUUAUGAUCACUGUGUGAUGUAUAUUAUGAAACGAGUGAGAAUCCUUUAUCAUUUUUCCGUUCAUUCUCAUCUUCAGCUUCAUUUCAGUAGAUGUUUUAUAUGUGAUUGGCUGCUGAAUGAACAGGCUUUUUUGUACAGCUAACGUACUAGUUUGUACAAUAACCUUGAGAUGCAGCUACAGUAAAAGAGUAGGCAGGAAGAAUAUGUGCAAUGCCUUUCCAAACUGUAUUCAUAUGUUGCAGACGCAUGGAGGAAAGGCAGUGUAAAACCCAUAAAUUAAGUUACCAUCUUCUGUCAUCUUUUCCUCGAUAUGGACCGGUCAUGAUGUGAAUGUGUAAAUCCCCCAUGAAGUUUUUUUUAAAUUGUUUGUAUAAUAAUGUGAGGUCAGAUGUGAGAAUUAUGAUUGCAUUAAAGUUAUGUGUAUAGUCAUAGGUUUCACUGCUGAUUUAGUUCGUUUUUUCCUGAAAUUUGCAAACUGUUCAUUUUUCCAGUAGAAAUAUCUAAACGGCUAUAAACAGGAUUAAUUCACUUAGAAAACAAGAAAUCUAGUAUCUGCGUAAGAGUGUUUUUGGACAAUACAUCUAGUUUUUUCUUUCCAUUGACAGUUUUUUUAAUAAAUUAAAAUGCAUUCUUAAAGUGAUAUAGACUUUUAUAUAAUUGAUGCGUAAAACAGAAAAAAAAGAGACUUGAUUUAACGUUGAAUCAAUGUUAAAUUAGUUAUUCUCGAAUCUCGACGUUGAUUCACCAUUAAAUAAAUUGUGACCCAGUCUGUGAAAACCAGGCUGACGUCUCAAAAUCUAAUUCUGAGAUAAGUUUGAAUUCAACCAUUAAUUUCACUAUGAUUUUGACAUAUAUAUUUAUUUACAGAAUGUUCUUUACAACAUU